AUGCAGAGAAAUAUCGUUACGAGGAAUUCCUUCAGUAAACGAAUUACUAGUGCAACUGAAAAUUCGAGAAGCAAUGAACCAAAAAAAGUUGUUUUGCCAGUGAAAGGAACCCCAAAAACAAUUACAUUGGCGAAAACAUCGAAAGAUCAACAAACUGGAAACAUGAGUCAAAAUAUGAAACAAAAAAUCCAGCCCACCAAAGAAGUGCAACAUACUUCCACAGAAAAAAAAUCAAAAAAACCAUUUGAAUCUCUGAUGAAACGACUGGAACAAGCGGAAGAAAUAUUCAAAAAAUAUUCACCUCUCCAACAUGUUGUGAAAAAAGAGAAAAAUCAACUCAAAGAGUCUAAACUAGUGAAGCAACCUACAUCAGAAAAAAUUAUUAGGAAUAUUUCAAAAAGUGAACCCCCUAAAAAACAAACGAAUCAACUAGCAAAAAAGAACCAACCCAUCAAACAAGAAGUGAAAACAAGAGAACCAGCUAUUGAGAAACCAAAUCAGAAGGAAAUGUUGGCAGUGAAAAGAAGUUCAAGUUUUAAACAACAAAACACAUACCUGCAGAGGAAAGACAAUCAGAAAGAAUUGUUGACAGCUAAGAAACAAAGAAGUUCAAGUUUUAGACAACCUAAUACGUCAUACCUGCCUAGGAAGGCUGUCAUUUCUCAACAAGGAUUAAAGACAGAUGUUAAACCUGUGAAAGAACUGCGAAAUGAAAAUAUUUCAAACAGCAAUACUUCCCAGAAAAAAUACCAAUUGUUGGAUGAAAUCUUUGAAAAAUAUAAAUCCAUUCGGCAAGACACUAAAUCAGUGCAAUAUCCAGGUUGUGAGAAAAAUUCAAAAACUCAGAUUGUUGCUAAUAAUGGAAAUUGUGAAGAAGAUUCAAAAAAAGAUAACAGGAAUAAAGAAAAUGAAUCAGGACCUAUGCAAACGAGACUAGACGAUCAGGAGCAAAAAUUAUUGAAGAUGUCGAAUAAAGAAACUGAUUUUGGAAAGAAAAUGGAAAUACUGCAAAAGAUUUCUGAUUAUCAGAAGAAAGAAAAUGAAAGGACUGUAACCAAUCUAUCAAAUAUUAUUGAAGAAGGUAACAUGAUUUUUAAUCGUACUCCGUAA